AUGGUCAAGAUUGCAACAUUAUUCCUCAUGUCAGCCACCGCGGCCGCCUUCAACCAUCCAGGUCUUCUACACACGUCCAAGGACCUGUCACGCGCUAAAGGCCAUGUCGACAAGGGAGAAGAGCCCUGGCUGACGGACUGGAACCUCCUGAAGACCAGCUCCCGCGCCUCUCCGACCUGGGAACCCAAGCCCGUGCCUACAGUCUACCGAGGCAAUGACGGCGAGCACCAGCAGAACUUUGGCCAACUAGUUAGCGACAUCCACGCCGCUUACCAGCUUGGUAUCCGAUGGCACAUCGAGAAGGACGACCAGUACGCCAAGGCCGCCAUCAAUAUUCUUAAUGCCUGGUCCUCGACGCUCAAGGCCAUCGAGGGAACUGGUGAUAAGUACAUCGCGGCUGGUAUUUACGGUUCCCAGUUAGCGAAUGCCGGUGAGCUGCUGCGUGAUUACAGCGGCUGGUCUGGCUCGGACAGGAACAAGCUCAAGAAUGUCCUUUACAAUGUCUUUUACAAGCUGAACCACGAGUACCUGACGGCUGGUAACAAAUGGGGGAAUGGAUAUUACGGUUGGUCGAGCUGGGACUUCCUCAGCCUUGCCAGCGUCCAGGCAAUCGGAGUCUUCAAUGAGAACCAGGACCUCUACGAUGAGGCAAUCAAUUACUUCUGGGAUGGCCGCGGUAACGGAAACAUUAACAAGUUCAUCUACCACAACUGGACGGCAAGCAGCACCGGAGCCAUCCUCGCCCAAACCCAAGAGGCUGGGCGAGAUCAAAACCAUGCGCUACUUGACGUCCAGUUGAUCGGCGUUAUCAUGCAGCAAGCAUGGAACCAGGGCGACGACCUGUACAAGGCCCUUGGCAACGCACCCCUGCAUGCGACGGAAUAUCUCUCAAAGUACAACGUCGGACAAGACGUUCCCUAUACGUGGUACGACAGCCCUGAAGGUAACCACACCGUUAUUGCCCCUGAUGGUCGAGGCGAGAUCCGCCCGGGCUGGGAGCGCAUCUAUGCCCACUAUCACGACAUCAAGAACGUCGAUGCGCCAUGGACCAAGAAGUACCGAGACCUGGUGAACUCCAAGACUAAUGGAGUUGAAGGCGGUGGUGGUAACUAUAACACGGGUGGGGGUAUGGACGAUCUUGGCUUUGGCACCCUACUCUACCGCCUCUCUGCUUGA